AUGACCUGUGUAAAUUUAAAACACGAAAAACUGUCAAAUCCAGAAAAUAGUUCAUUGUAUCCUUCAAUAGUAGAUCUUAGUUCCACCCUGAAACAGGAUGAAAAUUUGAUUCAGAAAGCUUCAUCUACUCCAAUAAAUGAAAAUCAAGGUAAAAAACUGGAUGACAAUGCUGAAUUAAACUUUUUAAGCACAGACAACGCCUGUGAUAAAGUAGAAUGGAGUGAAGUAGUGGCAGAAACAGCUGUUACCGUCAAAAAAGUAGAAGAAUAUAUUUAUGAUGACUAUGACACUUUUAAUAAAGAAGAAUACAAUCAAAUAUCUGAUGGCAGUAAGAGUAGAAACUCUCUUAUGCAUAAAGUGUCCAAAAUCGGUUGGACUUAUACUCCUGAAAAUAGUGCUAGAGAAAAAAAUAAAGAGUGUAGCACUAACCAUAGUGAACUGGAUGAUACAUAUGUUAGAUUCGAAGAUGUGUUUGAUGAAAACGGUAAAUAUAAAUCUAAUGGUUGUGACGACAGUAAUGAAUGUGAAGUUAAAGGCAAGGGCUUAAAUAUUACCUUUAAAAAGUGUUAUGAUUCCAAAAUCCCUUUAUGUAAUAACAGUUCUUUAAGAUCAGCUAAUAGUGCAUAUGGAAACGAAGGAAAAAGUAAGAAAAGCUUGAAUUUUAAAAGGUUUAAGUUGAAGUUAGAUUUCUUGAAAGUUCUGACUCCAAAAAAAAGUACUUAUUCGACUCCUAGUUACGACAGCAUCGAAAGCAAAGUAAAAUACAAAAAAAUUAAAAACAUUAAAUCUAGUACCCUUUGA